AUGACCAUCAAACCUGGAGUCGAAGCCGUUAUGGGCCCUACCAUGAUGAAACGGCCCAUUAUCAAGUUUCCGACCCAAGAAGAGUUUGUACAUCGGUUAGAACGAGGCACCAUGAUCGAGAUGGAGAAUGAGAUGUCCCAGCUCAAGAAACUCAACGAGCGCAGCGACACAUACGCGGCAUGGGUCAUCGGACCCAUCCCUGGGUGUCAGACAUCAUUCACGACGUCUUGGUUGCUUCUGGCUAGAAAUCCAUCUUCCUCUCUGAGUACUGGUUUUCCGACCAUAACAGAUAGAUUCUCUAUCGACAUGGAAGCAAGUAUCCAGCUGCCUCAGGGCUUGUUCGUCCUCUGGCAUCUGCCAGCGACGCGAAUCCAGAACCCAUACGAAGAUGUCGCUAGCUUGGAUGGAAGCGCCAUAAAAAAGCUCGCAGCGUUCAAAGUGGAUGUUCCACGGUGUCAGAGGACUGAGAAUGGAGAGCAGAUAGAGGUUAACCUGAUGGCGCACCUCCAAGUCUCUGGUGCGUUGGAUGAUUUCUCUGGUAUAGUGUUGGACGAGACCAACCAGAAAAACAUAUACAUCCGGUGGGAGAUUUCGAGCAAGACUUUUGAAGCUGAGCUUGAUGCAUUGGACUUCUUUGUUGCGCCAAAGAGAUCUGAGAAGAGAGCGCCGUGCUACCGUGCCAGACUUGCCUUUGAAAUGCUACAACAUUUCAAAGCAGAGGGCGCGGAAAUGGUUGAUCUUCUCUCAGAAUAUCCUCACCUCGCAGAGCCUAGCAAGCCUGCGCACAAGAUCUCUCCUGUUCUGUUGAAGAAAUUUGCACAAUUCAAUCACAAUCACGUUGCGGCUCACCAGGGACUUGAACGAAUAAAAAAUGGCCUUUACUUUGUUAAUGGCUGUCCCGGAGCAGGCAAAACCGAGUGGAAUAUGGUCAUCUCUGCACUUAUCCAGUCUCACUAUACACAUGCCGCCAAAAGGAUUCCUCACCCGAUUCUCUUUCUUGUCGACAUUAAUCAGACAGUGUCGGACGCAGCUGACAGAUACCACUGCCUCUGCAAAGACGCCGGACUCGACGUUCGAAUUAUACGGAUGCAUGGGUGGCCUUAUGAGAUGCGCCAUUCUGAAAGGCUGAAUCAAGUGGGCGGCCAGAAGGAUGAUGGCGAUGCGGCCACCGAUUUUACCAAGAGUUUUCUGACGACUGUUGGUUUAACUCACCACGCUAAGCUGGAGCGAGAUGACAGGCGUGCUCCCAACCUCGAUGAGGCAGCUUGGGAUCAUUACGAGAAGCACAAGCAUGACAGCUACCCUGGCCUUACGAAACUCCUUGGCCGCAUGGAGAAGGACGAAGUUUUUGACAGCGAAGACUGGAGGCUUCUUCGACGCCUAGUCACCGGUUUGUACCGAGAUGUUCUCACUAGUGCCGACUUCGUUGCUACGACUCCUGUAGCAGCCUCCGGCAGCUUUGCCAAGCUGUUUCGUCCAGAGAUUAUCUUUGUGGAUGAGGCACCUCAUGCUCGGGAGCUGACGACACUCAUUCCUUUGGCAUACUUUGAUCCUGUGGCUUGGGUCUUCACUGGCGACGUGAAACAGACGCGCCCGUUUGUCGAUAGCUGCGGCUCUGAGAGAAAAGCCCAGGAAAAAGGACUGAAAUUCAACCCCUACGCUGAACAGCUGCGCCUCAGUACUAUGGCACGAGCGGCAGCGGCUGAUGCUCUUGACCACAAGCUACUCGUUAAUAAUCGCGCCUACGGCAAUCUACAACGUCUUCCAUCUCACAUUUUCUACGACGGUGAGAUGACAUCAGGUCAUAGUGAGGAUACAAUGUAUCCGGCAAGCACGAAGUACCUGAAGGAGUACUUGGAGAAGCUCUCGGGAAGAGAGAACAUGGAGGAAAACAGGCUCGUGGUGAGUCUUGCCAGCAGCUCUGAAGAAAGUCACCGCAGUAGUUUCUGGAAUCCCCAGCAGCAUCGCUGGGUGAUCCAGCAAGCGAAGAGUCUGUUGGAAGAUGUGAAGUUUCGAAGCGUCUCUGGGGCCCCUGGCACUAUCAUGAUUCAAACCCCAUACAGCACAGCAUAUCGGCAGUACCAGAGCGAGGUAAAACAAUGGCCUGCAGAGUGGCAAAGCCGUGUGUCAGUAUUGACGGUAGAUAAAGCCCAAGGCAACCAAGCAGAUGUCGUUUUCCUUGACAUGGUCAGAACUACGUCGGUUGGUUUUAUGGAUGACCCGCAGCGACUGAACGUCGCCAUUACUCGGGCGAGACAGGCCGAGGUCAUAAUCAUGCACGUCCGCAUGAACUAUCGGCAGGCGAAAGGAUGCCGACGGGCUAAAUACGCCGCGCAAGUCUGGGCAGAUGCCCACACGCACAGACGUCUUGUUCAUCUGCACUAG